UACUCAAACACGCUCACUCUUUGUGGUUCGGUUACUUCACGACAACAUCUGCAGGGCAAGGUUCGUCACCGAGCUUGCUCUGGCUGGUCACUGAUGUCUGAAACUGGUGUAGAGAAAAGUUAACGUUUAGCCUAGUCGAUGGAGACGCACUUGAGUUUGGAGCUUUAAUUAAAACAUGCUGCGAAUCGACCUGACUUUGACCAUCACACCGGAAGCACCUCAUUGGUCUUUUUUCUCGGCAAAGGCUUCAACAUCAAUGCCAGCUGAGCAAUCACAGUACCACACUAUUUCCUUGUCUCAUAUUGGAACCCAGACUUGGACACGGUUUGAAGACUGCUAUGACUCUUGAUGAAACAGCCAGGGAUCUCAUGAAUUGCAACUGGAGCCAAAGUUCAGAGGAGCCAUGAUAUUUCUCAAAAUGCCUAGAUUAAAAAAAAAACAACUACAGCUAAUAAUAAUAGGCUUUAGUACCGUAGUGCUCAUGGCGUACUGGGAAAAGAUUGACAAUAACAUUGUAACCCAUGUAAUGUCUUUCUCGUACCGCUACCUUCUCAAUAGCUUCACGUUCAUUAACGCAAGCUUUAGAGUCAAUCCUGAAGAUGCUAUCAAGUACAGCAAUCGCAGAUACCUAAUAAACCACGAGAGGAAGUGUGGUGAAAAAGAUGUUCUUCUCCUGCUCUUUGUGAAAAGCUCCUCUGAGAACUUUGAAAGAAGAUGGGCCAUUCGCUCUACUUGGGGAAACGAGGCGUACAUUGAAAGGACGCUGGGUGUUACUGUAAGGGUGUUGUUUGCUCUUGGCCUCCAUCCUGAACCAGAGCAAAGAAGACGACUUCAGAUGCAACUGUUGUUUGAAGACCAAAGAUAUCAUGACCUCAUCCAGCAGGACUUCAUAGACACCUUCCACAAUCUUACUCGGAAGCUACUUUUGCAGCUUGGCUGGAAAGAAACCUACUGCCACCGUGCCCAGUUCCUCAUGUCUGCAGACGAUGACGUCUUUGUCCACAUUCCCAACUUAAUUCACUUCUUGCAAGGGAUUGGCCGGAGUAACGGCAAAAACCUUUGGAUAGGAAGGGUGCACCGUGGUUCACCACCCGUCCGAGACAAAGAAAGCAAGUACUACGUGUCCCAAGACUUGUACCCAUGGUUGUCUUACCCAGACUACACCCCUGGCUCUGGGUAUGUCCUCUCCAGAGAUGUGGCUACCAAAAUCUACCAAGCUGCACUCACCAUAAACGCUUCCUUUCACAUUGAUGACGUCUUCCUCGGGAUCUGCGCCAAAGUGAUAGAUAUUGCUCCCAAGGACCAUGCGUUCUUUUCGGGAGAGGGAAAAGCUCCUUAUCACCCUUGUAUCUACAACCAGAUGAUGACUUCACAUGGACACGUCAGCGAUAUCCGGGAAAUGUGGAAGCGUGUAACAGAAGCUGAAGCUGGCCAGAUACCCUCAGGACUGAUUCGGAGGCUCUACUGGCUUGGCUGGAAAGAAACCUACUGCCACCGUGCCCAGUUCCUCAUGUCUGCAGACGAUGACGUCUUUGUCCACAUUCCCAACUUAAUUCACUUCUUGCAAGGGAUUGGCCGGAGUAACGGCAAAAACCUUUGGAUAGGAAGGGUGCACCGUGGUUCACCACCCGUCCGAGACAAAGAAAGCAAGUACUACGUGUCCCAAGACUUGUACCCAUGGUUGUCUUACCCAGACUACACCCCUGGCUCUGGGUAUGUCCUCUCCAGAGAUGUGGCUACCAAAAUCUACCAAGCUGCACUCACCAUAAACGCUUCCUUUCACAUUGAUGACGUCUUCCUCGGGAUCUGCGCCAAAGUGAUAGAUAUUGCUCCCAAGGACCAUGCGUUCUUUUCGGGAGAGGGAAAAGCUCCUUAUCACCCUUGUAUCUACAACCAGAUGAUGACUUCACAUGGACACGUCAGCGAUAUCCGGGAAAUGUGGAUGUGGGAAACAGAAGCUGAAGCUGAAGCUGGCCAGAUACCCUCAGGACUGAUUCGGAGGCUCUACUGCACUGUCGCGAAAGUGAGGCUUCUAUGUGUACCAUUUCUUUCAAACUCUUACCCAUGUAAAGCAGCUUUCUUUUGA